AUGGCCGAGAAGGGUGACUGCAUUGCCAACAUGUAUGGCUAUGACCUGGGCGGGCGCUUUAUCGACUUCCGACCCCUGGGAUUCGGCGUCAAUGGCCUCGUGCUUUCGGCCACAGACAGCCAGACGUGCCGGAAGGUGGCGGUGAAGAAGAUUGCCAUGAGCGAUGCCCAGAGCAUGAAGCACGCACUAAGGGAAAUCAAGAUCAUUCGCCGCCUGGACCAUGACAAUAUCGUGAAGGUGUACGAGGUCCUCGGACCCAAAGGGGCUGACCUUCAAGGGGAGCUCUUUAAGUUCCACAUGGCUUACAUCGUCCAGGAGUACAUGGAGACAGACUUAGCUCGCCUGCUGGAGCAGGGCACGCUAGCCGAGGAACAUGCCAAACUGUUCAUGUACCAGCUGCUCCGUGGGCUCAAGUACAUCCACUCUGCCAACGUGUUACACAGGGACCUGAAACCCGCCAACAUCUUCAUCAGCACGGAAGACCUCGUGCUGAAGAUCGGCGACUUCGGCUUGGCGAGGAUUGUGGAUCAGCAUUAUUCACACAAGGGUUAUCUUUCAGAAGGACUGGUCACAAAAUGGUAUCGAUCUCCACGCUUGCUUCUUUCUCCCAAUAACUACACCAAAGCCAUUGACAUGUGGGCAGCUGGCUGCAUCUUGGCUGAAAUGCUCACAGGGAAGAUGCUGUUUCCUGGGUGUCACGAGUUGGAACAGAUGCAGCUAAUCCUGGACACAAUUCCUGUAAUUCGGGAGGAAGAUAAAGAUGAGCUGCUCAGAGUUAUGCCUUCCUUCAUCAACAGCACCUGGGAAGUGAAAAAGCCACUGAGAAAGCUGCUCCCAGAAGUCAACAGUGAAGCUAUUGACUUUCUGGAGAAGAUCCUGACCUUCAACCCCAUGGACCGAUUAACAGCAGAGAUGGGCCUGCAGCACCCCUACAUGAGCCCAUACUCAUGCCCAGAGGAUGAGCCCAUCUCCCAGCAGCCCUUUCGAAUUGAAGACGAAAUUGAUGACAUCUUGUUGAUGGCGGCCAACCAGAGCCAACUCUCCACCUGGGACAGGUGCAGUCUGAGGUACCAAGUCAGUCUGUCCUCUGAUCUGGAAUGGAGGCAGGACAGAUACCUCGACACAAGUGAGGUACAGCGGGAUCCCCGUGCAGGCUCAGAGUCAAUAGUGGAAGAGGUCCAGGUGGACCCACGAAAAUAUUCCCAGAGUAGCUCUGAGCGUUUCCUGGAGCAAUCUCACUCAUCCAUGGACCGAGUGUUUGACUCUGACUAUGGGCGGUCCUGUGACUACAAGGUGGGAUCUCCAUCCUACCUGGAUAAAUUACUGUGGAGGGACAACAAGCCCCAUCACUACUCAGAGCCUAAACUCAUCUUAGACCUGUCCCAUUGGAAGAAGACAGCCAUCGCUCCCACCACUGAGCUCUCCCUAGAGGAGGAGCCCUCCAACCUCUUCCUGGAGAUUGCGCAAUGGGUGAAGAGCACACAGAGUGGUCUCGAGUGCCCCAGCCCACUCCCUGAGAUCCAGGAACGGAGCCUGCCCUCCUCACCCCAGCACCGCAAGGAACCCAAGGAGGGGAACAAUGGGACCGAUCCCCAAUUUGACUUGGAUGUCUUUAUUUCCAGGGCGCUGAAACUCUGUACCAAGCCAGAGGACCUACCAGAUAACAAACUCAGUGAGAUCAAUGGGGCAUGUAUCUCAGAGCACCCCAGUGACAUCGUACAGACCGAACCCUAUCCAAAGGAGAGGUGGUAAAGCUGAGUGGUUUGCUCUUCACAAAUUUCCCCCUUUUCCUCAACUGGCUGGCCACAGCACUAUGACACUGCAGACCCAGGCUAAAGGGCAAAAACAGAUCACCCUGGUUCCUGGCAUGUCAGUCCUUUGCAACAGAGGGUGGGUAACCUACCCUAUACCUUUUCAUCAAAGACAAACAGCCCCCAGCCUCCUUUCUGAUUCCUUAGGGUUCGUGGGACCCUUGAAGGAAUCAGGAAACACAAGUGAAAUAUUGAAUCUAUUAAACUGCCUUAAUGAUCGCGCCUUUUAA